CCUUCUUAUUAAUACAUUCUCUCUCACCAAUUUCUCUCAUCUUAAUUUCUUAUCUCCACCAGUCAAAGUGUAAAAGAAUCCACGGUAAAUAUCCCAACCCUAACCCUCAAAAGAAAGGAAUAUUCCUUUCCUUGUUUAUCAAAUUAUUAAAUAUUGAUUUUGUCGUAGCAAAACCCAUCGAACUGUUCUCUGUGUUUUGUGUUGUUUUUUGUCGUUUCUGUCUUCUUUGAUUACUUCUGAGUGGGCAUAAUUACAGUAAUACCCUUCCUUAUUUUACGGUUUCUUGCUCCUUGAUUUUCGGAUUUCUUUCUCUCUCUAUAACCCUUAAAAUCAUGUCGCCGGUAAUCGGAGAGGAAGUUCCGAUGGCGGCGCCUAAAGGCCGCACAAGGCGGAAGAAAGAUUCUUCCGCGGAUUAAACGCUAUUCGUAGUACGAAAUGCGUGGGUUCGCCGGAAGAAUCUUUCAUGGGAUUGGGGGAGGUGUCGCUGUUGUGCACGACGGCGGUGGACGGGACCCUAGAAAUUGAUAGAGCUUCAGAACAAAUAGUUUCUAAUAAAGCGACAAAAUGUCUCCAGCCAAGGGUUCUCGUCUUGAGAAUUCUUGGAUUAAAAGGCCAACAAAUUCUUCAUCGCGUGUCUCAAACUUUCCACGGAAGAGAGUUAUUGAUGAGUUAAGCCAUCAAAAUGUAAUGAAUCAAGUAGGGUUCUCCACAAACUGGCGUAAUCAUCCGAGAAUCAUAUACAACCGCAAAUGGAUAAGAAAUGAAAUUUCAAAAAUGAUCAGGACUUUUCCAAUUGAUAAUAAGCGACUUGCACCUAUCCUAGAAUACUUUCUAUUUUUAUCCGCUACUUCAAAGGAGGAUUACAUGAACAAUGUAACGUUAAAUCAGCGUGUGCAAUUUCUACUGGAUGCUGGUAUCGCUGAUUAUAAUGGCAUGCCAAAAGAGGGACCAUCGACCUCUUCUAUUGUUCACGAGCAGCUGCCUUGUUUGCGUGACCAUGGUUCAUCAAUCCCAACAUUUGCUGAUAUGAAUGUUCUCUGUGACAACCCUGUUUCGGGCGGUGGAAGCUAUUUUCCUCAGCAACAUGCAAAUAAUUUGGACAUGGAUACGACAAGAUACAGUGAAAAUAUAGGGACUAUCCAGAAUAAUAAUUCUAUAAAUUUUCCUACAACAAAAGGAAAAUCCGUCCAAUCUGAAAAUUUAAAUAUGAAGUUACCUCAAAUUGUCGCGGCGAAUAUUUCAGAACAUUCCAAUCGCUUUCCUCAGCAACAUGCAAAUAAUUUGAACAUGGAUUUGACAAGAUACAGUGGAAGUAUGGGGAAUAUCCAGAAUAAUGAUUCUAUAAGUUUUCCUACAACAAUAGGAAAAUCCCUCAAAUCUGAAGAUUUGAAUAUGAAGUUACCUCAACUUGUUUCGAUGGAUAUUUCGGAACAUUCCAAUCUUUUACCUCAACAACAUUCAAAUAAUUUCGAGACAGAUUUGACAAAUAAUAGAGAUUGCUUGGAGAUGAUUAUGCAGAAUAAUGAGUGUAUGAGUUUUCCUAACAUGACGCCAAGCUUCAAAUUGAAUUUUCAGAAGAAUUUCACUCAUGAUGGUAAUACUGAAGCCAUGCUAAGACCUACCAAAAUACAGAAAACAACGGGGUCUACUUUUGGCGUCUCUUUAGUUAACAAUGCAAGUGCGGACCAAUUGUCUUACAAGACGGUUCAACCUCAUUCUAUUGAAACACUUGUGGGAGUGCAGCAACAACAGUUAGAAUUUCCCUUCUCAUCUAUCGAUGGUGAAGUUGAUAAGUACAGUGUGGAAGAGUUCACAAAUCUAGUUCUUGGCAUUAAUGAGAUAAACAGCAAUGUGAUGGUUGAUACGUUUGGACAAACUUUAAAGACUAACACAUUUCCCUCUAAAGGCUUAGAAGUUGCUCCUGAAAGGCAAGAUGUGAUGAAUAGCAACAACUUAAAUGAAUUUGACAUUGGAUUGAGUUCCAUUAUGCGUACUGUCAGUAUGGAUGCUAUUCCUACUGAUGGAGGGGAUAUAAAAGGCAGAAAUGAAUUCGACCAGGCUGAGACAAAUGUUAAAAAGAAAGUUAUUGAGCCAAAACCCGAUCAAGAGCUGCAAAAGUUAUUGAGUACAAUUGUUGGGGAGAUACAGAACAAUGUGAGUGAUGAUACAUUUGGACAGACUUUCAAGAGUGAAAUGAUUCGCUCAAAAGGCUUAGAUGCUAGUCCGGUGUUUGAGGAGCCAGAUCCCGAAAUCCAUGGUGUGAUUGACAUUGGAUUCAACCAAGAGGCGGCAAAUGCUAAAAAUAAAGCGAGUGAGCCAAAGGCUGAUCAAGAGAAGCAAACAAAGUCCUCAAAUACAACAAUUAAUGUUGUUUCCUUGAUUGAUUUGUUCACACGUGAUCAAAUAAAAGAACAUAUUAAUAGUCUGAGAAAGGAAUCCGUUCAGAAGACAACAGUGGACGGCACAUGCCAAUUAUGUACAAUGAAAGCUUUCUACUUCGAACCAGUACAAAUUUAUUGCUUACAUUGUCAAACCCGUAUCAAGCGAAACGCAAAGUAUUUCUGUAUAAAAGGAGAAGAAUCUGAUGCAGAGCGUUGCUUUUGCUCCUCCUGCUAUAACCGUUCUAAAGGCGGGUGCAUUAUAUUCAAUGGGACAUCUGUUUGUAAGACACUUUUUGAACAAAAGAAAAAUGAUGAAGUACUUGAAGAACCAUGGGUUGAAUGCAAUAAAUGUGAAAGAUGGCAGCAUCAAAUAUGUGCACUAUAUAACAGCAAAAGAGAUUUGGACUGCACUGCUGAGUAUACAUGUCCUUUUUGCCACGUAAAAGAAAUUGAAAAUGGAAUGCAUGUUCCCUUACCAAAGACUACUAUUUUUGGUGCUAAGGACUUGCCGAGAACCAUGCUUAGUGACCACUUAGAGAAAAGACUUUUUGAGCAUCUCAUGCAAGAGAGAGCAGACUGGGAAAAAAUCGAAGGGAAUGAGAAUCUUGAUGAAGUUGUAGUAGCGAAAAGUCUUACAGUUAGAGAAGUGUUAUCUGCUGACAAACAUUUGAUAGUGGAGAAGCAAUUUCUGGACAUUGUUCCAGAGGAGAAAUACCCUGCUGAGUUCUCUUAUAGAUCAAGAGUUAUUCUUCUGUUUCAGCAGAUUGAAGGAGCAGAUGUAUGCAUUUUUGGAAUGUACGUCCAGGAGUAUGGCUCGGAAUGUGCCAAUCCGAAUCAACGUUGCAUAUAUAUUUCAUAUCUUGAUUCUGUCAAUCAUUUUAUGCCUCGAAGACAAACUAUGAGCGGAGGAGCUCUUCGUACCUUUGUUUACCAUGAGAUAUUGAUUGGGUAUCUUGAUUUUUGUAAGAAACGAGGUUUUACAAAAUGCUAUAUAUGGUCUUGUCCUCCUAAAAAAGAGGAUAAUUAUAUUCUACAUUGCCAUCCAAAAACUCAAAAGACUCCAAAGGAUGAUAAGCUAGUGGACUGGUAUCAUUCAAUGCUGAAAAAGGCUACUGAAGAAAAUGUCGUCGUUGGUUUAACCGACGUGUAUGAACAUUUCUUUGUUCCUACUGAAAAAUGGAACUCCAAGGUGACAGCUGCUCGUUUGCCAUACUUCUAUGGAGACUACUGGUGUAAUCAUGCUAUGGAACUAGCCAUCGACAUUGAAAAAGAGUGUGGAGGAGAGUAUGAAAAGACAUUGAAGAAAGUAGUGAAAAAUAGAUCUUUAAAGGCCAUGGGACAUGUAAAUCCUUCGAACGGCAAUGCCAAAGAUAUUAUGGUGAUGCAAAAACUGGGCCAAAUUAUGUUGCAGUCGAAGAAAAACUUCAUCGUAGCACACUUGCAGUAUUCAUGCAUGCACUGCCAUGAAGCAAUAGUAUCUGGGAAGCGAUGGUUUUGCACUGAAUGCAAGAAAUUUCAGGAGUGUGAAAGAUGCCAUACCGCUGAUGUACACACUUCAAUUAAUGGCGAGGUGCAUACACUUUGUCAGGUUGUUGUGGAUGAUAUCCCCUUCAAUACCGAACAAAAUGAUAUUAUCAUUGAGAAUGAGUUAUUUGAAAGUAGAAGUAAGUUUUUGAGCUUCUGCAAGAAGAAUCAGUUUCAGUUUGACACACUCCGCCGUGCCAAGUACUCCACAAUGAUGAUCCUAGAUCAUCUUAAGGGUCUUACUCUGCUGACUGUUGGAACAGUCUGUAGCAUUUGUUCACAAAAUGUACUCCAACAGAGCUGGAAAUGUGAGGUUUGUCCAAAAUGUGUUGUUUGCUCUGCAUGCUAUAAGGAUAAGGGUGCUGGCUGCCAUCAACACAAGUUGACUCAAAAAUAUUCAACAACACCAUGUCUAUCCAGGAAUCAGGAGUUAAAUAAGAUAUCAGUGCCGAUGCGACGGAAAUUGAUGGAGGUUUUGGAGCAUGUAUCUCAAUGUUCCUCAACUAUAACUGAAAGAUGCUGUUAUCGAAACUGUUUUCAAAUGAAAAAGUUAUUAGUUCAUGCCAACCAGUGUACUACUCGAGUUUCGGGGGGCUGUUGUCGCUGUAAAAAGGUUUUGCAGAUACUAACUUAUCACUCCAAGAAUUGCAAAGACUCAGAAUGUCGCAUACCACAUUGCAUGGAUAAGCUAGCAGAAUUGAUAGCCAAACAAUCUGAAUCUCAUGAUAUAGCUGCAGCUGUGGAAAGCAACAAAAUUCAAUGAAUCUUUGAAAUAGUUAGUAAAUAAGCUUAUAAGAACUGUAAAUUUAAGAAUAGCUUAUGUUUUCAUGCAUCAACUCUUUUUAAACAUGCUUUGUAUUUCGGGGCUUGUAUAUAUGCAAUGGACUCUUUUUCCUUU